CAUGUGUUUGUUCAGCAGUAACUGGUUACGUCUGUUGCAUCGCGAUCGUGGUGCGGUAAACCCAGAAGAUAUAUUCAAAAUUUUCUUAUGUUUCAUUCCAUUGCUUUCGGAAAUUCAUUUUAGCCGGAUGUGUACCGAAUUCAAAAAAUGCCAUCACAACCUUAAUAAACUGGUGGCGGAUGGAUGUAAUUCCACAGCGAAACUUUCAGCGGUCAGAAUGCAGAGAAAAGCAUUGGUUGACCGCGCGAGAAAAACAACCAGUUGCGGAGCGUAUGGCGCGCAAAUACUGUUGGAGAUCGCGACAACUGCCGCGGCUGCGGUGUUUGAAGUUCACCGAGCUCUCCUAUCAACGGAACAUUCUGGACCAGCGGCUGACCUAUUGGAUGUAUUACAACGAUUUCUGAGGCUAUUUGCAUUGUGCAAGGUUUCCGGCGACGUUGCAAAGGCGGCGAACGAAAUCGGGACGAUCUUGUUGGACAUAAAUCCGAGCACGAACACAUAUCUAGAAGACGAAGUAAUUAUUAUGCAUUUUUAG